AACUGUUGGAGUUUCUCAUUUCUUUUGUCCAAAGCGUCACAGUGAUUAGCCUACUGAAGAACCUUUGGAAAUUUCAGCCUUUGGUAUUGAAAUUAGAAGGUAAUACUAUAAAACAAGUGGUAAGACGUGGCUCUUCCUCUCUCAAGAUGGCAGACAAACUCCCUUCAGAAUUUGAUGUGAUCGUGAUAGGGACUGGUUUGCCUGAGUCCAUCACUGCAGCUGCUUGCUCAAGAAGUGGCCAGAGUGUUCUACAUCUUGAUUCAAGAAGCUAUUAUGGAGGAAACUGGGCUAGUUUCAGCUUUUCAGGACUAUUGUCCUGGAUAAAGGAAUAUCAGGAACAGAGUGAUAUUGGAGAAGAAUGGACAGCAUGGAAAGAGCUAAUACUAGAAACAGAAGAAGGCAUUGCUCUUAGAAAGAAGGAUCAGACCAUCCAACAUGUAGAAGUCAUCUGUUAUGCCAGUCAGGAUUCAGAUGAUCAUGCUGAAGAGAUUGGUGCUUUGCAGAAGAAUCCUGCCUCUCUGACUUCUGCUGGCACAAAUCACCCUCCAGACUCAAUGGAUACAGCUUCCUCAGAUACAUCUAAAUUAUUAGCACCAUUAAGUGAACCAGAGACUGCACUGGUGGUACCUGAAGUAGAUAUGACAUUGGAGAAAGAAAAUGAUGGUAGUUACACAGAUUGUAGCCAGUUAGAUUUGGAACCAAAAAAAACUGAAAACAUUCUAAUCACAGAAGAUGUUGCUGAUGCACCCAAGAAGAGUGGGAUCACUUACUCCCAGAUUGUUAAAGAAGGCCGGAGAUUUAAUAUUGAUUUGACCUCAAAGCUUCUUUAUUCUCGAGGAUUGCUAAUUGACCUUCUAAUCAAAUCAAAUGUUAGCCGAUAUGCAGAAUUCAAAAAUGUCACCAGGAUUCUUGGGUUUCAAGAAGGGAGCGUGCUACAGGUGCCUUGUUCCAGAGCAGAUGUUUUUAAUAGCAAGAAACUCACUAUGGUAGAAAAGAGAAUGCUGAUGAAAUUUCUGACAUUUUGCUUAGAUUAUGAGCAGCACCCUAAUGAAUACAAAGCUUAUGAGGAAAGUACCUUUUCAGAAUACUUGAAAACUCAAAAACUGACACCCAUCUUGAGACACUUUGUCCUUCAUUCCAUUGCAAUGGCAUCAGAGACAUCUACCAGCACCUUAGAUGGCCUCAGAGGAACGAAAAACUUUCUUCAGUGUCUUGGGCGGUAUGGCAAUACUCCCUUUUUGUUCCCCUUGUAUGGCCAAGGAGAAAUACCCCAGUGUUUCUGCAGAAUGUGUGCAGUAUUUGGUGGAACCUAUUGUCUUAACCAUGCAGUACAGUGCCUUGUAGUGGACAAAGAAUCUGGAAAAUGUAAGGCAAUCAUCGAUCAUUUUGGUCAGAGGAUAAAUGCUAAGUAUUUUAUUGUAGAAGAUAGUUACCUUUCUGAGAAAACGUGUUCAAAUGUGACCUAUACCCAGAUAUCAAGGGGAGUGCUGAUCACAGAUCGAUCUAUACUGAAGACAGAUUCUGAUCAGCAUAUCUCUGUUCUGACAGUACCACCAGUGGAGCCAGGAUCUGCUGCCGUCCGGGUCAUUGAAUUGUCUUCUUCUACCAUGACAUGUAUGAAAGGUACAUAUCUUGUCCAUUUAACUUGUACAUCCUCAAAAAAUACAGCAAGAGAAGAUUUAGAAUUAGUUGUGCAGAAAUUAUUCACCCCCUAUGCUGAAGUGGAGCUGGAAAGGGAGGCACUAGAAAAGCCAGGCCUUCUGUGGGCUCUCUAUUUCAACAUGAGAGAUUCUUCAGGCAUCAAUCGAGACUCCUAUAAUGAUUUACCUUCAAACAUUUAUGUCUGCUCUGGACCAGACUAUGUUUUGGGAAAUGAGUAUGCUGUUAAACAGGCUAAAACAGUUUUCCAACACUUCUUGCCAAAUGAAGAAUUUUGCCCUCCUCCACCAAAUCCUGAAGAUAUUGUAUUUGAUGCAGAUAGUAUGCAACCAGAUGUUCUUGCACCCAAACCAGACACAACUGAAGAAAUCAAAGUCCAAAGAAACACAGAAGAGCAUGCUCAAGAAUAGAUGGCAGCCAGAUAGGCAGCCCACCUUUAAGAAUUGUGCCUAGUGUUCAAAUUAUUUUGAUGUAAGAAAAGUUAGAAAGGAACACAAAAGCAACAGGCAGUCAUCUUUAUUUGCAAAAUUACAAAAUGCUGGGAGUAACUGGAAGGCUCAGUGGAUUGAGAGCCAGGCUAAGAAACAGGAGGUCCUUGAUUCAGAUCUUGUCUCAGACACUUCCUAGCUGUACGAUCCUGGGCAAGACACUUAAUCCCUAUUGCUUAGCUCUUAUCACUGUUCUGCCUUGGAACCAAUAAACAGUAUUGAUUCUAAGACAGAAGGGAAGAGUUUUGUUUUUUUUUUUUAAUUUACAAAAUGUUAAAAAGAAACCAGUAGUUCCUGCCCUCCUCUUGAAAAAGGACAUUGUUGCACAAAGUCAAAAUCACCAUUCUAAAACGCAUUUAUUCUCUCUGUUUUUAAGAUGUCAGAAUUAGGGAUCUGAUAAAUUGUUAUUAUAUAAUAUUAGGACAGUUUUCCUAUUACUUCUCUUUGGGAUCUUUAAAAGCACUAAGAUAUGUUUAUUGUUGAUGUUUCCCAGAAACUUAUUACUUGAGUUUACAAAAGAGUUGUCUAUACUAGCUAACAGUCUAUUGUUUAAGCAGAAUGUUUAUCUUCAUGUUUGGAUUCUUUUUCUUCAUUAAGGAACCUCAGUAACUAGGAUCAGAAGCAGUGACAACUUUGGGAGCAAGAUUUCAGUGUGCUCCUAGACGCUGAAAAAAAAAACGGAGUGGACUGACAAGAGCAGUAUUGAUUAUUAUAUUAUACUGUAUUAAAUUUAUAAAAUUACUUUUACAAAAUCACAGGAAAAUUGCUUAUGUGGAAAAAUAGAUCAAGUAAAUGAUAUAGCAUUCUAGAAUAAGGAUAAUUUUCUUUGAGGCAACCAUGUAGCACAAUGGAUGUUCCUGUACCUGGAGUUAGGAAGUCUUAAGUUGAAAUCUAACUUCAAACACUUACUAAUUGACUAUGGGAGAGACAUUUAACUUCUAUUGGCUUCAUAUUUCUCAAUCAUAAAAUGGGGAUAAUUACAACACCUACCUCACAAAGUUGUUGUAAAGAUCAAAUGAGAGAGUAUUUGCAGAAGCACUUAGCACAGUGCCUGGCAUGUAGUAAGCAUAAUAUCAAUGCUUAUUCUCUCCUUUUUCUUUCAAAUAUCAAUGGCUUCUUCCUAUGAGCAUUUCUAUAACUGGAACUCUUAAGUAGAUGACACUUUUAAUAAAGGGUUGUCCAACUGUGUAAGAUGAGAUUUUUGUCAGUCCCUUCCAAUCUAAAAAAAAAAAUGACCUAUAGAACACAAGGGAGAUAUUCAACAGAGCAAUAAUUGUUGUCUCUACCAGAUGAGAAACCAAGAACUUUACAUUGUAAAGGUAUUAUGAAUUAACAGUAGAGAAUGAUAAUCCUUAUUGUGAUCACUCUGCACCUGUGACCCAUCUGCCUCCAUGUUUCAGAGGAAUUUGUAAUGUAACCCAAAGGAUUGUGCCCUGGAUCCAAUCAGGGAUUCUCAUGCUUCUGGGUGAAAAACCCUCUAAUUCUUUUUAUGAGGAUUAGAUUUUAAUGUUAGCAAUAGUCUUUAGAUAAUCAUAAUUGUUAGCAUGUCAUGAUUUUAGUAGGCCUUUUGUGAUAAUUUUAGUAUAAGUAAAGUUUUGAAUUAAGUAAAUAACUGCUUUAGCAUAGUGUCAGCCUUAGUGUCAGCCUCACUCUUCAAAUUUGCUAAAUCAUGAACCAUCAGCAAUAAUCAUGGUCUUGAAAUGUUCUUGAAACCUGACCCAGGGUUCAGGGUUUGAAGCCUAGUACCACUGAACAUCACCCUUUCUUAUCUUUGCAUCAAUAGUCCAGGCUCACCUACUCCCCCCUUUGCCAUUUGCAUCACUACUCCAGGCUCACUCACUCCCCCCUUUUCCAUUAAGUGACUUCCAGUUAUCAAGUGACUUCUUCUACCAAUGAGAAGUAUGCCCUGCUCUAUUUUCAACAUGGUCUUGGAUUAUUUUUAACUUGGUAUGAAAAUUGUGAUAUUCUUUGGGGUAUAUAGGAAGGUCUCUCACAGUGCGUGGGAUCUUUUGGUCUUGACCAGAAGUCCGGCUUUAUUGUGAGACUGAUCCUCUUACAAUAAACCUAUUUCUUUCUGUCUUGGAGACUUUGCUUAUUAUUUGUGUUGCAGUGGUUAGAAAUUAUGCAACAUGCUGCUUCAGUCUAUGGCCAAAACAGCACAGGUCACCCCUCCACUAACAGAUAACCAUUAGGUAGAGAAAAAAAAAAUAAGCAGGUAAUGCUGUGUUUUGCUUGAACAACCCCAGAGUUAGGAUGCUCCAAAGUAUCCGAAACUAUGCCUCAAACACCCAAUCUACUCUUCCCCCAGCCUUCCAAUAUUGUCAAACAUUGAUUCAUCCAGCAGAAAAAAAUUUAAAUGGAGAGAAUUGAGUUAGGUGAUUGAAUGUAAGAGUUCAUUAGGCUUGAAGGAAAAGGAAAACCCACAGUUUAGGCUAGUUCUGUCCCCAGUGAAAUUUCUUAGAACAGGAUCUAAGUUCAGUGAAAAAUAAAUUCCCUAAAAUGGGAAGAACCUGAGAAAAUAAGAUAUAACUUCAGGGUUAAAUCUACCAUCAAAAGAAAAGAAUUAGAAAACAAAGAAUAAAAGCAUGAGGAGGGGGGGAAGUAAUAUCACCAAGGAUCUCAGAAGAAAGAAAACUCCAGUCAGAAAUCUGGAUCAUAAGUAAAUAAAUAAGAAAUCAUAAGGGAAGAUGGUUAACAAGAUUUUUUGAAGAUUACAAAUAUCUUCAAAUCAAUGUUUCAAGACAAAGGAAAUUGAAUCAUCUUGAUAAAACAAAAAACUUUAUGGAUUCCCAAGAGGGUAUAAAACUGCUAAUUAUUGCAUAGAAAAUCUUAAAUACACAAUGGCUAGUCUCACCAUGAAAAAUAGAGAUAAUAACAAAUCAUUAAUAAAAAUAUAAUAAAAUGAAGAACAAGUUGAUAGAAAAAGAAGUGUCACUAAUGAAAUUUAAUAAAAUGGUAAAUUGAGACAGGCUUCUCUGAGCAAAGUUAUGUUUUAUUAGUAGGGGUAAUACUCACCAGUAAGGCAGGUCUCUUGAUUCCUCAAAUAGCCAAAAGACUCAAAACUGAGAGGGAAAUAUAUUUUUAUAAGCAUAAAACAAAAGUCAGAACAAAAAAAUCAUCACUUAUGGAAUUAGCAGCAUCAUGGGACUGAUGAAUUAUGACUGAUUGGGGCAUAUAGUACACAUGGGACCAAGCCCACCUCUUUCUCUGUAUCUAAGGAAUGCUGCUGUGAAUUGAUGUGGGAAGCCUGCUGCUCCUUGAGGUCAUUGAUAUUGGAAAGGAGCACCAGACUUAAAGAUGCCUGAACAUAAGAUAAAGGCACCUUAACUUUCAAGGAUGGGGCCUUCAUAUGGGACAAGGUCAGCUUAAAUGAAUUUUCAAGGAAGGCACAUAGAAAUUCAACCUCUAAGAAGCUCAAAUUAUGUGAAAUAAUAAGCUUCCCUUGGCAUUUAAUUCGUGGGGAUUAUGGGAAAGCUAAAACUGGUAUAUCCAACCUUAGAGAGAGGCAGAACUUUUGAACCUCUGAGAUUCUUUUGCCCAGAGAUUAAGAAGAAGAUUAGGUCUAUUAUAUAGAAUACAAAUGUUAUUACAGAAUAAAAUAACUUUUAGAGAAUGGAAUAAAAUAUGAAAUAUAGAAGAGAAUUGAAUAUAAAAUACAAAAUUAAUAUCUUUCAGAAAUUAAAAAUAGUCAUUUUAAAAGAAUACAUGAUCUCCAUUUUAAAAAGACAUUCAUCUCAAGGAAGAAAUACAUAUAGACAGUUAAGUAUUUUGUAGCCUCUCAGAAGAACAUGAUAAUUAAAAAAUCUGACCACUACAUACAAGAAGUAACAUCAAAAAAAUUGCUCAGUGUUUAUUUUUAUUGUUUUAAUUAAUUAUUAUAAUUUUUGAAUAUUCUUCCCAAUUACAUGUAAAAAGUUUUUAAGUUAUUUUUUAGAUUUUAAAUUCCAAGUACUUUUCUUCACUUCCUCUUUUCAUUUCCCUCUCUUCAAGAGGGAAAGCAAUUUGUUAUAGGUUAUAAUGUGUUAUCAUGCAAAAGCUUUCUGUAUUAGUCAUGUUGUAAAAGCAAAAGAUAAAAAAAAAAGAAAAAUAAAUUUCAAAAAGUAUGCUCUGA